UCGUAGAACCCCGGUCACUUCCGGUUGUCGUUCGGCGCUGUAGGACGUUGUGCUGCUUCAUAAAUCGUGUUGGGGACUUGAUUUCGUCACCAGUCAUGACCUUGUUUCACUUUGGAAAUUGCUUUGCUUUGGCGUAUUUCCCUUAUUUUAUAACAUACAAGUGCAGUGGACUUUCUGAAUACAAUGCUUUCUGGAGAUGUGUCCAGGCUGGUGCCACAUACCUGUUUGUCCAGCUCUGCAAAAUGCUGUUCCUUGCGACUUUUUUCCCCACCUGGGAAGGAGGAGCUGGUGUUUAUGAUUUUGUAGGGGAAUUUAUGAAAGCAACAGUGGACCUUGCAGAUCUGUUGGGCCUCCAUCUUGUCAUGUCACGUAAUGCUGGCAAAGGAGAGUACAAAAUCAUGGUGGCCGCCAUGGGCUGGGCAACAGCAGAACUCGUCAUGUCAAGGUGUCUUCCUCUGUGGGUCGGAGCCAGAGGGAUCGAAUUUGACUGGAAAUACAUCCAAAUGAGCUUUGACUCCAACAUUAGUCUGGUCCAUUAUAUUGCCAUGGCAGCAGUAGUGUGGAUGUUUACACGCUAUGACCUUCCUAAAAGCUUCAGGCUUCCUGUUACUGUUCUGCUGGCACUGUGUGUCUACAAGUCCUUCCUAAUGGAGUUGUUCAUCCAUGCCUUCCUGUUGGGCAGCUGGACUGUGUUGUUGGUGAAAGCUGUGCUGACUGGUGCCAUUUCUCUUUGCUCACUUUUUCUCUUUGUCACCCUGGUACACAGUAACUAAAUCCAGUAUUACUGUUUGUAUAGACUGGUCUUACAGCCGAGCCACCAGCUGGUAAACUUAAUGGGCUUUUUUUUAAUGUUUUCAUGUUGGACUGGACAGGGAAAUUAUUCUCUUGUGGUGGAUUAUUCUCUUGUGACAUCCGAAGGCAUCCACGAUGGUCUUUUCUGAAACACGAUGUUAUGUGAAAAGGUGCGUUUUGUUUUAUGAUCACAAUUAAGUUAUUAUAAGUAACUUUUUCUAUCUGCCUUUUCUUGAAUAGUGAUUUUGGGUACAUUAAUGGCUCAAUACAAAAUUUGACCUGUAUGUAAUUAAAACACCAACUAUAGGUUCAAGCCCCAAUCUUAACCAUUUCUUGAUUAUUUAUUAGACUAGACGAAAUGCCAAAUCCACACCUCCAUGAGAAACACAUGGUGUGAUUUCUAUGACCAGUAGUGUGUUGAAUAUCUCUACAUGGGGCAAAUAUAUGGAUAAAGGAUGAAAAACUAGCAAAAAAGGCAUUCUUUUGUCUUACAAAAAAAGAUGUCAAACAAUCUUCCAUAUGCUGAAAGGCCACAUUACAUCUCUGUCAUGUAGCCCAAUUGUUGAAGAUUUUCUAAGAUGUUUAAAAAUAUGAAUAAAUGUUGACAAAUCUACAAUACUCUUAGUUUUUCUUCAUGAGUUCCUUAGACUUUCCCAUUGUCCUCAUUAUUCGUUGAUCCAAAUGAGUCUUGUAAAACAAUUCUUGUAUGCUGGUGAUAUCAUGAAUUUCUCUGUACCAGGGAAGCCGUACAAAGUACGCUCUUUGCAGACUCAAAUCUGAGUAAAAGCUCUCAAGUUCAACAGACAUGCCUUGCCAUGUGUGGUGAAAGGCUUACAUACAGUAUAUAUGUUUACCAUGCCACAAUUAGUGGGCUGUUAGUCAAGUUGACGUUAACCUGUUUUAAGGAAAGUAUAUAAGGAAGGUACUGUUUGCAAGUCAGAAUCUUGAUCAUGCAUGGCAUGUCCCAUGUCUGUAGCAAUGUGAUGAUCCAAGCUCAAUAUAAAGCUGGGUGGUACAGUUCUGUCAAGUAGUCUGUCCAUUCAUUCUGUCCCGUGUCCAUUGCCAUACUGUCAGCUGGCAAAGAGACACUGCAAGCAAUCAUGAUUGUGAAUGUGAACAAGAAGUGUAUAGAGCUUGGCCUUAUCAGGUUAAGACAUUCUGGAACCUUCAGCACCACUUUUUAGGUGUGGCUUUAGGUGACUAUAUAUAGUACCUCGCAAAAGUCACCUGUGCAAAUACGGACCGUCGUGAAGAGAGAGCUGAGCCACAAGGCAAAGCUCUGAGUUUACCAGUUGAUCUGCAUUCCUACCCUCAUCUGUGGUCAUGAGCUUUGGGUCUUGACCGAAAGAACGAGAUUGCGGAUACAAGCGGCUGAAAUGAGUUUCCUCUGUAGGGUAGCUGGACUCACCCUAAGAGAUAGAGUGAGGUGCUCGGUCAUCCGGGAGGGGCUCAGAGUACAGCCGCUGCUCCUUCACAUCGAGAAGAGCCAGUUGAGGUGGCUCGGCCAUCUGGUCUGGAUACCUCCUGGAUUCCUUCCUGGUGAGGUGUUCCGAGCAUACCCAGCCGGAAGGAGGCCCUGGGGCAGACCCAGAACAUGCUGGGGUAAUUAUGUCUCAGAACUGGCCUGGGAGCACCUUUUGUGUCGUUGCACUGGAGGAGGUGGUUGGUGACCGGGAAGUCUGGGCUUUCCUACUGAGACUGAUGCUCCCGUGACAUGGACGCGGAUAAGCGUAAUAAAAUGGAAUGGAAUAAUAUGUACGCUGUUUUAUUUCACCCUUGAAAAGAGAAACAUUUUGAACAGUGGUAUGCUUCUAAAUUUCUGGGAACACUUUGGGAAAGGCCAUUUUGUUCAGUGCUUUAUAUUGACAAAAUAUUUGUUGUCACUUGUCUGUUGUCUCACCUCAAGAGGCCCACAAAGCUCUCAUUCUGAGCAGGCCUCAAUAGACUGUGCUGUUGGCUAAUACGCACGUCUCUGUUGACACACUGCUGCCUCUGUGUACAAGAAUAACGGAUGCUGGCAAAACACUAAAGGUCCUGACCUUGCACAUUUCAGUGAGAAUUGGACAAGUGUGACUAUGAGGGACAGCUUAAAAAAUGUGGUAGUGGUGAAAGAGAUUCUUUGGUUCGGCCAUAGCUUACCAUUAUCCUAUAUCAGAAGCUAAGUAUUAAAACUCAUCUUCAUUAUCCACUAAAAAGAUGAGCAAUUCCUCAUUUAUCAGUCUGUAUCCUUUCAAACAGACAUAUUUACUCUCUGCUUUACGGGGAGACAUCAGUUGUACCUAAUGGUGGAGGCGAAAGCCUUAGUUUUAGGAGAUUGUUUUUUUUAGUGUUACAGCCUGUCAACUGCAGUAGCGAAUCAUGAGGAACUUAUUUAUGAUAAUAGCACUGUCUACCUCAAAGUGCAAGGCGUGACGUGGGCUACCAAUA